AUGCUUAUUCUCUUCUGUCUCUAUAGCUCCUUGGUCACCAGUGCAAUAACUGGAAAAAAGAACAGUACAACGGUUACGAGGUUCAUUCUCUUGGGAUUCUCUGAGUUUCCAAAGCUCACCUUUGUCCUCUUCUCAGCAUUUCUGGGGAUCUAUCUCAUGACAGUGUCCUGGAAUGUGAGUCUCAUCACGCUGAUCAGGAUGGACUCCCAUCUGCACACACCCAUGUACUUUUUCCUCAGCAACCUGUCCUUUCUGGACAUCAGCUAUAUUUCUACUACAGUCCCUAAGAUGCUUGCAGACUUCUUACAGAAGCAUAAAUUCAUCUCUUUUAUGGGAUGCACCCUGCAGUAUUUCUUCUUCUCUGGCCUGGGUCUGACUGAAUGCUGUCUUCUGGCAGCCAUGGCUUACGAUCGGUACGUUGCCAUUUGUAGUCCUCUGCUCUACACAGCCAUCAUGUCCCCCACUCUCUGUGUGAAGAUGGUAGUAGGAAGUUGGAUAACUGGAUUUUUGGGGUCAUCUGUCCAACUCUGUGCCUUGCUUCAGCUCAAUUUCUGUGGACCAAAUGUCAUCAACCAUUUCUUCUGUGACCUGCCCCAACUGCUGAUCCUCUCCUGCUCAGGCAUCUUUUUUUUUCAGGUACUGAUCUUUGUAAUGACAGUGAUUUUUGGACUUUUAUCUUCCUUGGUAAUUAUGAUAUCUUAUGGUUAUAUUGUUGCCACCAUUCUGAAAAUUACUUCAGUAGAAGGUAGAUCAAAAGCUUUCAACACUUGUGCUUCUCACCUGACAGCAGUCACCCUUUUCUUUGGCUCAGGUAUAUUUGUUUAUCUGUUUCCUAACUCUGGUGAUUCCUUGAGCCAAAAUAAGUUAGCAUCAAUCUUGUAUACUGUUUUGAUCCCCAUGUUAAAUCCACUGAUCUACAGCUUGAGGAAUAAGGAAAUCAAAGAUGCCCUAAACCGAUGGAAGAAGAGAAUGUUCUCCUGA